GCGGCGGUUGGCUAACGUGGAAGUCAGACCUGCCGGCCGGCGGAGGAGUCGGGGUCGCGCAGCCUGGGAGGAGUUGGGCGCGCGGGGACGGCGACGGUGGUCUUCGAGGCACGGGUUGGCCUUUCCGGGAGGGAGCGAUGGGGUGCGCGGCCGCCGGGGAGCGGGCUCCGGUGUAGUCCGCGCGGCACCUGGCCCGGAGCGAGGCGGCGGCGGGAGCGGGGAGGCCUGCGAGGGCUGCCGCCCCGAGUGCCCGGCCUCGCGCGCCAUGGCCCCCAUGGGCAUCCGCCUGUCCCCGCUGGGGGUGGCUGUGUUCUGCCUGCUGGGGCUCGGCGUGCUUUACCAUCUGUACUCGGGCUUCCUGGCUGGCCGUUUCAGUCUCUUCGGCCUGGGCGGCGAGCCGGGAGGCGGCGCGGCGGGGCCCGCGGCCGCGGCCGACGGGGGCACAGUGGACUUGCGCGAGAUGCUGGCGGUGUCGGUGCUGGCUGCUGUCCGCGGCGGCGACGAGGUGCGGCGCGUCCGUGAGAGCAACGUCCUCCACGAGAAGUCCAAGGGGAAGACGCGCGAGGGAGCCGAGGACAAGAUGACCAGCGGCGACGUGCUGUCCAACCGCAAGAUGUUCUACCUGCUCAAGACCGCCUUCCCCAGCGUGCAGAUAAAUACUGAGGAACAUGUGGAUGCAACUGAUAAGGAGGUUAUUUUAUGGGAUCAUAAAAUUCCUGAGGAUAUCAUGAAGGAAAUAUCUACCCCAAAAGAGGUGCCAGCAGAAAGUGUUACUGUCUGGAUUGACCCUCUUGAUGCUACACAGGAAUAUACAGAGGAUCUUCGAAAGUACGUCACUACUAUGGUGUGUGUAGCUGUAAAUGGUAAACCUGUGCUAGGAGUUAUACAUAAGCCAUUUUCUGAAUAUACAGCUUGGGCAAUGGUAGAUGGUGGUUCAAAUGUGAAAGCACGUUCUUCCUACAAUGAGAAGACCCCACGGAUCGUUGUGUCUCGUUCCCAUUCUGGGAUGGUCAAACAGGUUGCUUUUCAGACGUUUGGAAACCAGACUACAAUCAUCCCAGCUGGUGGUGCUGGUUAUAAAGUUUUAGCACUCUUGGAUGUGCCUGAUAAAAGUCAAGAAAAAGCUGAUCUAUAUAUCCAUGUGACAUACAUCAAAAAGUGGGAUAUUUGUGCUGGUAAUGCCAUUUUAAAAGCCCUUGGGGGGCAUAUGACCACCCUGAGUGGUGAAGAAAUCAGUUAUACAGGGUCCGACGGCAUUGAAGGGGGACUUCUCGCUAGCAUCAAAAUGAACCACCAGGCUCUGGUCAGAAAACUCCCAGAUCUAGAAAAGACAGGACAUAAGUAAGCAUAACUGACAACAGGGUGCAUCUCUUCCAGAGCUGAAAUGGUCAGCUUGAACUGCUGGAAGUGUCAAAUGAUUGGUGGAGACUAUGCAUGGUUAAGGCCAUCCUGAACUUUUUUAAGUAUUUAUGAAGCAUCAGAGACUUAUUUUCCCUGAAAUAGGAUGGAAAAUCAGGGAAAAUGGGUUGCUUCAUGUCUCAAGUAUUGUCUUUAUUUUUGAGACUAUUUUCGUACAGUUGUCAUAUACAAGCGCAUAUAUAUAUAUUUGUGAAUUAAAAUCUAUAGCUGAGUCUA